AUCUACAGGAGCACUCGUAAAUUUGUAAUAAUAACGAAGUUUAAUCCGCGUGUAAAUAAAACACGUGUUUAAAUUAUUUAUUCAUACAAAUUCUGUAAUAUUUUAUUUGUAUCAAAAUGGGUCGUCAUAAGAGGGGAAGAUGUGCGAAAAAAAAUAAACAAUUAAAUACCGAGGAGCCUGAGGAACUUGUUCGAGCACCACAUUCAUUUAUUAUUCAUCGAGGAAUUCCUGGAGAUCAUAUCGUGGAGCUUACGAAGGAUUUUCGGAAAAUUAUGGAACCAUUUACAGCAUCUUCUCUGAAAGAGCGCAAACGAAAUACUAUCAAAGAUUUUGUAUCUGUUGCUGGACUUCUUCAUGUCAGUCAUAUGUGUAUAUUUAGUAGAACAGAACUUGGAAUGUACCUUAAAAUUUGCAGAUUGCCACGAGGACCAACAUUAACUUUCAAAGUUAAAAAUUUUUGUUUAGCAAGAGAUGUUAUAUCUUCUUUAAAGAAACAGAUGGUUUUCGAAGAAGCUUUCAAACAUUCUCCUUUACUAGUAAUGAAUAAUUUUAGUGGAGAAGGAAUGCAAAUGAAGCUUAUGGCAUCAACAUUUCAAAAUAUGUUUCCAACAAUAAAUUUACUAAAGAUAAAUUUAAGUACUGUGAGACGUUGCAUAUGUUUAAAUUAUAAUCAGUCUGAUAAAUCUAUAGAUCUUCGUCAUUAUGCUAUUAAAGUUGUACCAGUUGGUCUUUCAAGAGGAGUUAAAAAAUUAGUGCAAGCAAAAAUACCGAAUUUAUCAAAAUGUGAAGACUUUUCAGACUUCCUAUCGAAAGCUACAUUAUCAGAAAGUGAAGCUGAAGAUGAUCCUGACAGUCAUGUUACGUUACCUCAAAAAUUAUCGUCUCGAGGAAACCACGAGAAAGGAACUAGUGCGAUAAGACUUUAUGAGCUUGGACCAAGAAUAACAAUGCAGCUGAUCAAAGUUGAAGAAGGCUUACUGGAUGGCGAUGUACUAUACCAUGAGUUAAUCCAUAAAUCUGAAGAAGAAAUACUUCUUAUAAAGAAGCUGCGAGAGAAGAAGAAAAAAUUAAAAGAGAAAAGAAAAGCUGUCCAAGAAGAAAAUAAACGAAAGAAAGAAGAAAAAAAAGAAGAGCAUAAAGAAAAAUCUUUACAAGGAAUAAAAAAGAAAAGAGAAAGCGAUAUGCUAAUGCAAAAAUUGGCGAAAGAAUCUUACGAAGAAACAAAGGAAGAAGAAGAUGACGAUGAACAAUACUAUCGAGAUGAAGUUGGAGAAGAACCUGACAAAGAUCUUUUCCAAGGAAGUUCAACGAAAAAAAGAAAAUCUUUUGAGCCACGCCAUAAAUCUAAAGUUAAAAAAGUUAAAUUUAAUAAAAAUACAAAAAAAUAAAAAAAAUUGUCUUUAACGCUC